AUGUCUCGUGGAAUAAAAGACAAGUCCAAAUUGAUUGAAGAAUACAUUAUUGGAUUAAUUGAAGAAAUCAAAGGCCACUUGAAGGAGCUGAACUGGAAGCCAGCAGAAGCUGAUGAAGGUUUUCUUAUACGGUUGAAUGUUGAUGAAGCAAAAGGUGUACAACGAGAGGAUGGCAAGUCAAUCAGCAGAGCUGGCAGCUUAGCUGGCAAAUAUGCAAGCUGGCAAUUAUGUGAGCUGGCACUAGCAGUUCUAAUUUUUAAUGAGUAA